CCUACUUCUUCUUCUAUCUGCCCCACUCUUUCCUAUAUAUUCUCCGUUCUCCCCAUCUUCUUUCCCCCUCCCCAAGCUUUUCCAAAUUCCACAUCAAAACUCCUCUCUUUCUCUUCGUUCAAACUCCCAACUAUAUCACUCUCCAAAUAACAAAACCCUUCAAUCCUUUCAAAUAUGGUGAUGCUCAGAAUCCGAAGCAGAGAUGGGCUUGAGCGAGUCACCGUUGAUAAUCCCCACAUCAAUGUCUCCCAGCUUAAAGCCAUAAUCCAAUCCCAGCUUCAAAUCCCCUCUCACAAUCAAACCCUUUCCACCAACCAAAACCUUCUUUUGUCCAAGACCCACGACGAUCUUUCCCGCUUCGUAGACAUGGCUGACCCCAAUACCACUCUCUCUUCCCUCAAUCUCUCUCAUGGCUCGAUCGUUUUCCUUGCCUACGAUGGCGAGAGAACCGUUUCCGGGCCGGUUGUCAACCCCGCUGGGUCUUUUGGCCGGAAGAUGACCAUGGACGAUCUCAUCGCGAAGCAAAUGAGGGUCUCGCGCCAGGAGAACCCGCAUUGUGAAUUGGUCUCGUUUGAUCGCGAUUGUGCCAACGCGUUCCAGCAUUAUGUGAAUGAUGCGCUUGCUUUUGCGGUGAAGCGUGGUGGGUUUAUGUACGGGACUGUUUCGGAGGAGGGGAAAGUGGAGGUCGAUUUCAUAUACGAGCCGCCUCAGCAAGGAACGGAGGAGAAUUUGCUGCUUUUCAGGGACCCAGAAGAGGAAAAGAUAGUAGAAGCUAUUGCUGCUGGUCUGGGUAUGAGAAGAGUAGGAUUUAUAUUCACACAAACCAUCAGUCAGGAUAAAAAGGACUAUACUUUGUCCUAUAGGGAGGUUCUUCAGGCAGCGGAGUUUCACGCCGAGAGUGGUUUGAAGGAAUGGGUGACCGCUGUGGUGAAGCUUGAAGUGAACGAGGAUGGCGCUGCGGAUGUGCACUUUGAGGCUUUUCAGAUGAGUGAUGUGUGCAUUAAGUUGUUCAAGGAAGGGUGGUUUGAGACUGAGAUUGGAGAAGAUGCUGAUCCCAAGCUCUCAAAGAUGAAGAAAGAUGUAGUUGUUGGGGUCAAGGACACAAAAGAGGUGGACAAUGAUUUCUUCUUGGUGGUGGUCAAGAUAGCUGAUCACCAGGGUCCCCUUUCAUCAACCUUUCCCAUUGAGAACCGGAAUACGCCAGUAACAAUGAGGGCGCUGAAAACUCAUCUUGAUCGGGCGAAGAAUCUUCCAUUUGUGAAGCAGAUUUCAGAUUUUCAUGUGCUGCUAUUGCUGGCAAGGUACUUGGACCUCAACGCUGAUGUUCCUGCUCUGGCACAUUGCGUGCACACAGAGAGCCCCGUACCAGAAGGCUACAAGCUACUAAUCGAGUCCCUGGCUAGUGCUUCUGCUUAAUUGUUACUCUAGAAAGAUCUUUCGGAAAUUGAUUUCAUAUCCAUCAAUGUGCUUCAUUACCUCAUUUGAAGCAGUAAUCUCUGUUGCUUUGUGAUGUUGUUCAUCACUCAAAAGAUGGCGUUUAAAGUUAUUAGAUGGCUUUGUCAGUGGCACUUAGUUCUGGAUCUCACAUUGACUCAUCAUUUUACAUCAGUUCAUCUGGAUAUUUAUUUUACCAUAACCAUAGCUGAUAUAUACACAGUUUGUUAUUUUAAGCAUUUUUUUUAGGAUUGUUGCUUAUGCUUUGAUUUUAGUAUAUAAAUAGUUUAACAAAUCAAAUUUCAAAUA